AUGCUCCUUUUGCUACCCUCGUUGCUAAGUGCACAGGCACCGCAGCCAGGCAUUACGCUGAACCUCAUAAAUGCAACAGUUCCAGAAGUAUUUACCGCCAUCGAACGCCAGUCGGACUAUAAUUUUCUUUAUGAAGAAAAGGUAAAAAGCUAUGCAAAGAAAAUCAGCAUCCGGGUGACGGACGCGUCGAUUGAAAAGGUGCUGAACGAGCUGUCGCGGCAGAGCAGUUUAUCCUUUAAGAAGAUCAAUAAGAACAUUGCCGUUUCGCUGAAUGAUGUAACCGGUGCCACGGGAACCCUUAAAGUCUCCGGAUUCGUAAACAGUGCGAAAGAUAAGCUGCCCGUUGUCAAUGCCACCGUGUAUAUUAAGGACACACCUGUUGGUACGGUUACUGAUAUGAAUGGUGCAUUUACAAUAAACGUGCCGCAGCAAUACAACCUGCUCACGGUUGCUGCUACCGGUUAUACCGAUCAAACGGUACUGAUCAACAUGCAGGAGGGACUGGCUGUUUCGUUGGUUCCCGGCGCCGGUCUGGAGGAAGUGGUGGUCAUUGGUUAUGGCUCCCAGUUAAGUGAUAAAGUAUCCGGAUCUAUUUCGCGGAUCACAGCAGACAAGCUGGAGCAUAUGCCAAUCACCAGUUUCGAGCAGGGCCUGGUUGGUCAGAUGGCUGGUGUGGAAGUUGUACAAAACUCCGGCUCACCGGGAGGAGAUGUGCAGAUUCGCAUUCGUGGUAUCAGUACUAUCACCGCAGGUACCAAACCCCUGAUUGUACUGGAUGGAUUGCCAUUGUCUGAUAACAAUACCAGCAGCCUGAACCACUCGGAUAUAGCUUCUGUUGAAGUGCUGAAAGAUGCGGCAGCAGCAGCGAUCUACGGGUCGCGCGGUUCUAAUGGCGUCAUCCUCAUCACCACCAAAAAAGGAUCCUCCGGCAAACCGGUGUUCAACUUUGAAACCUAUACCGGCAUGCAGGCCGUAUCACAUAAGAUAAAGAUGAUGGAUGCUUAUGAAAUAGCUUCGCUCAUUGCUGCCGCGCGCAACAAUUCAUGGAUCGAUCAUAACCCCCAGACCAAUAGUGCAACUGACCCUAAUAACCUGCGCAAUGAUAAUAAGUACAGCAUUCCGCCUUUUAUCUUUCCUUACCUGGAGCGGCAGAAAGGCCUCGUCAAUACAGAUUGGCAGAAUGAAGUAUUUCGUAUAGCACCGCAGCAGAACUAUAACCUAUCCUUGUCA